AUACGAACCCUGUGGUCCUUAGAGAGUCAGUCAGUUAGUGGUUUGGGUAGGUCUACGUGGUGAGGAGUGGGACAUUGUUGUGCACCUGAACACCAUGGACGACUACCCCAUGUACGGUUUGCUUGUGGGGUUCUCCCUCUGGGGAACCCUCUGGCGUUUCAUGUUCCCAUUGGGAUUCUGGAACACCUUUUCGUGUAGGGUAGAGACACGUACAGGGACGGGUACUAAUCCCUACACGGCCGAGCAGGAAGCCAAGGCCGCUGCCAUCCUGAAAGAGAGGAGAGAGAAGAAAGAGGCAAAGAAGAAGGCCUUAUUGGAGGCGCAUGCGGCAAAGUUGAAAAAGAUAGAGGAGGAGAUGGCCAGAGAGAAGGAGAGGUUGAAGAAAGAAGAAGAAGCGAAAUUGAAAGAAGUGGAAGAGGAAGAAGAAGAAGAAGAAGAAGAAGUAGAAGAGGAGCCACUGGAGAGAGGAAGGAGAGGUAACGGAGGGGAGUCCAGUGAGACAAAAGAAGAUCUGAUGGAGAAGAAGAUCUCAGAGUGGGUUGUAGGACUGACCCUGGGAGAGGAUGAGGAGGCGUUAAUGUAUGUGUCAAGGGACGAGCAGGAGGCGGCCUUGCGAGAGUGGGAAGCUGAAGGAGACCCACUCAGGCGACAAGUGCUGGAAGAUGAGAAGAGGAUGGAGUGGAAGUUCCGCCUCACCAGGGAGAGGAAGAGGAAAAUGGAGGCAUCAACGAAGGCGGCGAAAGUACUGGAAGAGAUUGGGAAGCAAAAGGAUCAGAUGGCGGUCCAAGUAGACUUGUUGGGAAAGGUAGAGAUCCUGGCCAAGAACGUGGAACGCCUAGCAAAGGUCCAGGAGGAGCAACUUUUAUUUGGUAGAGGCCAGGACAUUGCCGUGCGUUCGAUACGGUCGGGACUUAGGGACUUUGCUCAGGAGUUGGCCACGCAGGUGGGCUCGCAUGUGACAGCCCGCCUCGAGGGGACUGAGCGGUACUGUGUUGGUGCCAUUCAGGGCGCCAAGUUGACGGCCCCAAAGGAAGAAGAAGCACGUCCCCGUAGGGAGCCGAUCAAAGUUAAGGUUCCUGAUUCCUACAGUGGAAAGAAGGAAGAAAACUUUGACAAUUGUGAGGCCAACGUCAAAACGUACGUGCACCUGCAGAAGGUGUCCCCCGAUGAGCAGGUCCUAAUCACCAUCCAUGCGCUAAAAGAAGAAGCCACCAGUUUUGCACGCUCCUUAGUCCGCGCUGCUAAUUGCAGCGACGAUAUAGUUGCCUACUCUUCCUUUACUCCCCUCGCUGACUUUCUCAAGUUGCUGCGUGAACGAUUUGCAGAUGUCUCGUGCAGCGUCAGAGCCUCAGACCGAUUGCAAACUAUCCACUCUCGACAGUGGAGGAGUGCCAAGGCACUCAAGGGAGAAAUGGACGAGUUAGUGGCUACUCCUGACCAUGGGGUCACAGAGUCCCAACUGGUCAACCUCUUCUACCGGGCUAUGCCCGAGUCAUUGCGUGGGCUCUUCUUCGAGAAGAGCCAGCAGCCCACCAUGACCUACGACGCAUUGAGCAGGGAAGUGGUGGCCUUUGAAGCAAAGUCUGCGUCAGUUUCCACCUUCUGGCACAAGGACUUGGACAAGGGAAAAAGGUGGAAGGGUCACACUAUCUCCGGACAGGAUCAACGCAAAGAAGUGCGAAUGGGCAAAGAGACCCAAGUGUUGUAUUUGGGCCACAUCUUAGACGGAGACGACAUCAAGCCAGAGGAUAGUAAGAUUGCAGUGAUCAGGGAUUGGCCUACACUGCGUACGUUGACAGAGUUGCGGUCGUUCUUAGGCCUAGCAAAUUAUUACAGGAAGUUCGCAAGGAACUUCUCCACUAUCGUUGCGCCCCUUCGCAGACUGCUCAGGAAAGAGACCAUCUGGAAGUGGGACAAGGACUGCACGUCUGCUAUGAAGAAGUUGAAGCAGGCACUGAUAGAGUAUCCAGUCCUUAAGGUGGUCGAUCCGUCCUUACCCUUUGUCGUCACUACGGACGCUAGUCAGUACGGCAUAGGUGUUGUUUUGCAGCAAGACGAUGGCAAUGGUUUUAGGCCCGUAGAGUUCAUGUCUGCUAGGAUGCCUUCAGAGAAGGUUGCGACAUCGACCUAUGAGAGGGAACUCUACGCUCUCAGGCAAGCGUUAGACCACUGGAAGCACUACUUGCUUGGGAGGCAUUUCAAAGUCUAUUCUGACCAUGAGACGUUAAGAUGGUUAAAGACGCUGGCCAAGAUGACACCUAAGCUUACUAGGUGGGCCGCACAAAUCGACCAGUACGAUUUUGAGCUCAAGCCAGUCAAGGGUAAAUAUAACGUAGUUGCGGACGCUCUAAGUAGGAUAGAUGACUACUUUGGAGCGAUAGUUCACUAUCUGGACAUAGGGAGAGACCUGCAGGAAAAGGUUAAAGAAGCGUAUGCGCAGGACCCUAUCUACAGUGACCUCCUCAAGAGAGUAACAGAGGCCCCAGAGACCGCUAGAUUGCCGCACCACUGAAGGACUAUUAUUUGAGAAGAUUAACGUAGUUGACCGUUUGUGCAUUCCCAAUAG